CUCUUGAGUGACUCAAUCAAGUAGAAGUAAUAGUGUUCUGUGGACUCAAUCGUGAUUGUGUUUAUAUUUUAGUACGUUUUACUUUUGUUUCAUUUCUCGCUUUAUUUAUUAGGUACAUGUACAAUAAAGUGUUUGCUCACAUAAUAGAUAUCAAAUAAAAUGACUGCUGAUACAGUAGUGAGUGCACGAUGGGACCGAGAAAUCCGUAAAACAAUAAUAACGCCCGGCGACUAUUCAGUUGUUCCAUAUGAAGAUUCCCGGUGUAAACUAUCUUUAAGAAAAAUUCUGUGUAAAAACGAAAGUGGAAUAUGUGAAAUAGAGUCUGAAAGUACAAUAUUUAGUCCCUCAUUUAACGGGACUGUAGUAAUAGGUGAUUUGGAUAACUUCAUUGACAAAGAUGUGGAAUUAAUUCUACAACAAAUGUGUUGCGGUGAAUCUUGUAUGGCUACGAUAGUAUAUAAAAAUAAUAAUAAUGAACUUGUAAAGGAGAUAUCAUUUGAAAUCCAUUUAACAGAAGUUACAGAAGAACAAUUAAUAAGUGAUUGGAGUUGGAACAGAUUGUAUGAGGCUUCUAUUUAUCAUAAAGAAAAGGGAGUGUUGUUGGUAAAAGAGAACAGAAUAGUUGAUGCAUUUAGACGGUUUAACAAAGCUCUUAAAAUGUUAGUGGCAAUUGAACCAAUAGAUCCAAAUGUAAUUGCUGAAGAACAAGUAAAAGAAUUUAUUGAUUUGAGGGUUAAACUUUAUAAUAACCUGGCUCAUUGUCAGCUUAAGUUUAAUGAAUAUGAAGCUGCUAUAGAGCUAUGCAACCUAGCUCUAAAGAAUGAUUCAGAAAAUAUUAAAUCUCUUUACCGCAGGUGUAUAUCACUUGCCGGUUUAAAAAUGUAUGAUGAAGCAUGGGCAGACAUACAGCAUGUUUUACAAUUAGAUCCAAAUGAUAAAGCUGCAAAAUUAAAAGCUACAGAAUUAAAACCUAAGAUAGAGAAGAUCAAUGAAGAUUACACCAAUGUUAUAAAAAAAAUGUUUAUAUAAUUGUUGUAAAUGGAAAUAAAUAAAAAAAAAAUAUAAAACAUUUAUAUAAAAAGUUUUAGGAAUAUCAAUAAAAUAGUGCUUAUUUUAUGCAAAUAAUAUGUAUAUAAGUAUUCUAUGUAUGCAGUAUGCAAGAUAGCUGCACCACAUUAUUUAACAAAAUCUACAAUUUCCAUUAAAAUAAUGCAUAUUUUAUUGAUUUACAUAAAAAUUAUGAGUAUGUACUUGAAAUAUUUUUUCUUAUAAAAUAAUAAUAAAGUUCAUGUUAUAGUUUAAUAAGUGAUAAAAAAUGUAUUGUAUUUGAUAACAGUAUUGCUUGUAUUCAAUGUCAGUAUUUUCUAUAUGUUAUACACCAAUAUCAAUAUAAUAUCGAUACCUCCUAAGUAUAAUGAGUCAACUGACAUUUUAGUAAUUUUACAGGAGAGCCAUUUUAAGGCAAAUUGUUUAUAUUUUUGUGAAAUCAAACUAAUUCAGAAUAAAUUUAAUGUUUUUAUAAUAAAGACUGAAAGCUCUUCCUUUGUCAUAACAUGAGUUUGCUGAUUUUUGUUCUUAAAUGCUAUUUUAUGUACAUGACUUAGUAUACACGGGCGGGACUCAAUAGUAAAAUGGUUUAACUACCAGUUAUAUUCAUGUACGUUGUACAUCAAAAUCUAUAGUUUACACCAACAUAUUAUGGAAUAUGAUUAUCAUUUAAUUAUUAUCAUCUUACUUUUGGUUAGUUUCGGGGUUUUUUGUCUCACUUAAUAAUAAAAUAUUGAAAUUACAUCACUUGACUCAUUAUACUAGGAAAGUAAUUAGCUAUGUUAGAAUUUUAAACCUCAACGUAUACUGGACUAAUAUAAUUAAUCGAGGCUUUUUAAUUACUAAUUUUAUUUUUAAUACCUUACGAAAUUAAUAAAAGCUAGGAAGAAGUAGACUCAUUAACAAAAACAACGCAUUUUUAAGAAUUAUAAUGUAUUUUUAGUUAUAACUAUUUAAUUUUUAACCUUUUUGUUAAUAUUAUUUAGCCUUACUAAAUGCUACAAGUUUAACAAUGCAACUAAAACAAAUUAUCAAUGUAGUAUCAUUAAAGUUUCAUAAAAAGUAACAAACAUCAAUAAAAGUAAUAG